AAAAAAACGAAAUUGAAAAAUUAAAAAACUAAAAGUUUAAAACUCAAAAAAUUGUAAAAUCGGAGAACCAACAAAGCAAAAAAUGGAAUGCAUAGGGGAAGGUGGGAAUUGUUCGAACACGGUAGUAAUUGUGACAACCCUGUCAGUAGUCAUUCAAAAUUUUGUCAUUUGGACGAUUUUGAUUCUAUCUUCGAAAUUUCGCGAAAUUAGUAGUUAAAAUGGCCUUCUCCGUUUUAGAGACCCGCUGGAGCCCCGAAUACUUCCGGCGAAAAGAAAUGAUGAAAACCCUCCAAGUGCCGACAAUUUCAGACACCAAAGACAUGGCAGGCCUACCGCUGGCUUCGCUUCUCUUUGAUCAAUGUUACCCGGAGCUGAGGACCGACUAUGGGUUAGCACCAUAUCUGAAUGGUCCUCAGGGCGACUUGUGGGUAGCACCGAACGACUCGCUUAACGGAAAAGUGGUUUUGACGCCAUCACCGACUGAGAAGCACAUGUACGCUUUAACACAUCCAGCGAUUAUAGAACUGGGACCCGCACUGGAGCAAAAGUUCCUCAACGAAGGGCGACUUUCGAAAGAAUCAGCGCUAGAGCAACUCGAGAAGUUCUUAAUGGGUGUUUACGAAACAGAAAAAGCGGCUUUGCUUGCCGCGUUACGUGAAGAAGAGAAACUAGAAUAUGGGUCACAGUUGAAGAAAAUUCAAGAUUAUUAUGACGCCGAAAUCUGCAAAAUUGUGACGGAGUGUUACGAGCAAAUUGAACGACUGAAAGAAGAAAUGGCGGAAGAAGUCGAUUCGAUAAAUAUAUUUUGGAAGGAUCAAGCACAACAAGAAAUUAAUGAAACUGUGGCCAAAGUAACCGGGAAAUUUUUGGACAAGAUGAAACUGCAGGAGCAAAUUUUAGUCAGGAUAUAUAUCAAACAAAUCAGGGCUAUCCAAGACAAGAAAAAAUGCGCUAUUAAUUUCGAGCGGAAAAAAUACAACGAAAAGAUAAAAGAAAUGAAACACCAACUACACUGUCAAAAUGUGGCCGAUCUGAUGUACCUUCUUUGCAAAGAAAGGAGAAGAUGUAAAGUCGAAAGGAGCGCAAUUCGGAAGCAUUAUGUGAAUCGGGUGCGAAAAAUGAAGUCAAUUUCGAAGCAAAAGUCGAACGAAAUUAAAGAUUUGAUGAAACUUAAAAUCAAAAGAGAGCGCCAAUUUAUAGUGAGGGAACAAUGUCUAGUCGAGAUUUUGCGCCAGUACCAGAAGUUUAUAUACUUUGCUUUGAAAGCCGUCCCCACUCAAGCAGAGUUUCUAUUGAACAUCGACCAAUUACUAAAGUUCGAACUGGACGAUUAUGGCUUAACUCAACAAGUUACACAAACUGAAGUGAAACCUCAGUCAGAACUACAAGUUCUUGCUGACCACGAUCUCGAUACUAACGAAGACAUUGAAGAUUAUUUGCGACAUUUGCAGUCACUAGCAGUUGAAGAAGAAUUUGAAUGUAGUGACGUUUUGCCGGCGUUUUACUACAAAGAUGGGAUGUAUGUGAGAGAAGACUUUCGGGAUAUGUUUUCUACGGGACGCCAGAUCGGCCGAAACCACCCACUAUGGAAUCCCGAUGUCGAAGAACUCUUGAACAUAUUUAGAAAAGCUUGCGAAAAACCAAAUUCCUGUCAAACUGACAGAGUCGACUCACAUUUGGACAAUCAAAGAAAAUUAAUAUUAGGUAGUGACCGUAGUGAAUCGACCCAAAUACAAACUUUUUCGCCUGAAUUAUCCAAGUCUGCAGUCCGUGUUUCGACAAUGAACGCCCAACAUACAAAAACCAAAGCGUCAACUUCUGCAAACCACGCGCCAGAGUAUGAAGAAGAAAGGGAAAUUAGAAAAUUGUCACUAGGAGAAGGUUCGAGUAGCCCGCCUAGGUCCCACGUGCUGUCAAAAGAUAACUCAGCAAAUCCACUUCAACAUCAAAUGGCAUCAAAUCCAAACACUCAGUCGCGUCUCACGAUCGCUAGGGACUCACUAAUUCUAACAUUUACCACAAAAGAAAGAAAAUCGUUGCUAGGAUUUUCGAAAACUUUAGACGAGAUAUCCAAAACGGACGAAGACAAACUGUCAAAACAAGAAGAUAGGUCGACUUUGACCGGGAGUGUAGAUCAGCCUGACGAGGCUAGCGGUACUGUGGACUUAAACCAAGCUAAACAUACAUCCAAACUCCUACUCGCGUGCGAUUCUGUCGAACUAAUCAGAUCUAAAAUGGAUUUAUGCGAAAAACCAUCUGAAAGAGAUGCUAAAAGGAAGUCGCAGUUAACUUUUAGUCCGCGAGUUUCGACGACAGAGGCUGAGGAACCUCUUCACGCUCAGAAGGACGAAAAACCUUUGGAAAAGUCGGUCAAACGUUCACCUCCUGGUGGCAAAAAAGCUGCUCCGAGUCCUAGAAAAGCUACGAAAGUGGUGCCGAAAGCUACGCCACGGUCAGCGAAAGCCAAAGUCGCUGGUGCUAAGAAGCAAAAAGAACAAGUUGUUGAGGAAUUUACCGAGGAACGGAUCAACGAUUUGGUUCACAUGAUGAAAGAAAACCCAAGUUUACUGCGCUUGUUUACGUCAUGUCAUAAAUAAAUAUAUUU